AUGUCAACAUCAAAUAAGAGAUAGGCAAUUCAAUAUAAGUAAUUGGCAAAAGUCUAUAAACAGUGUGCAGAGACAUAAAAAUUAAUAGAUGACUUUGAAAAGAAAAAUAAAAUUCAUGUUGAUAAAUUUGUUCCAAUUGAUUAUUUGGAACUUCCUACUAAGAUACCAAAUAUAAUUUCAAUAUCUCUUAAGAACAAAAAAAGAUUUGCUUUAGAGAAUAUUGCAAUGGAUGGUUAAAAAUCGACAAAAAAGAAUGGUAAUUAAAAAAGUAAGUAAAAAGAGAAAGAUAUAUUAGAAGUAAAUAGAGAAUGA